AUGGUGCAGAUAGGCUGGACACCGAAUCAGGUGGGUCUUCUCCGGCUAGACACCGAAUCAGGUGGGUCUUCUCCAUUUCCUCCUUUGAACACCGAAUCAGGUGGGUCUUCUCCAUUUCCUCCUGUAUACCAGUAUCUUUGGCUUUCCGUACUUGUCUUUAGGGCUGGAUCCGAAUCAGGUUUCACAAUCAGAUCUUCUCCAUUUCCUCAUGUAGGUUACAUAGGGGGCAUGUUGGUUGAGUGUAUACCAGGUGGGUCUUCUCCAUUUCCUCCGCUAGACACCGAAUCAGGUUACAUAGGGGGCAUGUGGGUUGAGUGUAUACUCCCACGUUACAUGGAGGGCAUGUGGGUUGAGUGUAUAAUCCCAAUUUGUGAGGCCAGAUCGUGUCCGGUACGUAGUCUAAACUCAGCAAUGGCUUCGGUUCUUGGCCAGUCGGCUAUGUCGGAGGGUGAUACU